AUGGACAAAGAGACACUGGAUGGGCUGUUCUUCCAAGACCCCGAUUUCUCUUCUGACUUGCUGAGGCAGCUCAACAGCUUCCGACAAAACAGGAUCCUGACAGAUGUGAGCAUCUGCGCCAGUUCCCAGGAGGUGCCCUGCCACCGAAACGUGCUGGCCUCCAGCAGCCCCUACUUCAGGGCCAUGUUCUGCAGCAACUUCCGGGAGAGUAGUGAGGCCAAGGUCCAGCUGAAAGGCAUCGACUGGCCGACUCUAGAGCAGAUCGUGGCAUAUGUGUACACUGGGGAGGCGUGCAUCACGGCCGAGAAUGUCCUGCCCUUGAUGGAGGCGGCCUCCAUGCUGCAGUACCCCAAACUGUUUGAGGCCUGCUCCUCAUACCUGCAGAACCAGCUGGCUCCUGGCAACUGCCUGGGCAUGAUCAGACUCUCAGAGAUCCUGAACUGUGAGACCCUGAAGAGGAAGGCCAGGGAAGUGGCCUUGACAUCUUUCCCAGAGGUGGCAGUGUCAGCAGACCUGAAGGAGCUCUGUGCGCUGGAGCUCAGAGAUUACCUUGGAGAUGACGGGCUCUGCGGGGAGGAAGAGAAGGUGUUUGAGGCCCUCAUGGCUUGGAUUCGACAUGAUCCGCAGGCCCGGAAGCCGUAUGUGCCAGAGCUGUUCAUGCAGGUCCGGCUUCAGUACGUGCACCCGGCCUUCUUCUUCCACUUCAUUGCCAAUGAUGACCUCCUGCAAACCUCACCAGCAUGCCAGACCAUCCUGGAGACAGCCAAGAGGCACAUGUUUUCUCUGCAUAGCACCAGUGCUCCUGGCUGCAGACCCCUGGAACAUGUGCCCCUUAGAAACUCCUACCAGGACUUCCUCAUCCUCUUGGGCGGGAGGAAGGACAGCCAGCAGACCACCAGGGAUGUCUUGUUGUAUGACAGCCAAAACCGCCAAUGGCAGAACCUUGCAAAACUCCCGACACGCCUCUACAAGCCCUCGGCAGUCACCUUACACCGUAGUGUCUACAUCCUGGGGGGCAUGGCCGUCAGCAUGGGGAGGAGCGUGGUCACUCGCAGUGUCUACGUCUUCUCCCUGAAACUCAACCAGUGGUGGCUGGUAGAACCCAUGCUCGUAGCCCGCUACUCCCACAGAAGCACGGUGCACAGGAACUUUAUCUUCUGCAUCGGAGGCCUUGGAGAAGGGCAGGAGCUUCUGGGCUCCAUGGAGAGGUACGAUAGCCUCUCCAAUGUGUGGGAGAGCAUGGCCAGCAUGCCAGUGGCUGUUCUGCACCCUGCAGUGGCUGCCAAAGACCAGAGGCUCUACCUCUUUGGGGGAGAGGACAUCAUGCAGAACCCUGUGAGGCUUAUCCAGGUUUAUCACAUCUCCAGAAACACAUGGUUCAAAAUGGAGACAAGGAUGAUCAAGAACGUGUGUGCCCCAGCAGUGGUACUGGGGGAGCGGAUUGUCAUUGUGGGAGGCUACACCAGGAGGAUUCUUGCUUAUGACCCUCAGUCCAACAAAUUUGCCAAGUGUGCAGACAUGAGAGAGCGGAGGAUGCACCACGGUGCCGCAGUGAUGGGGAACAAGCUGUAUGUGACAGGUGGCCGGCGGCUGACCAGUGACUGCAGCAUUGAAGACUCUGCCUCCUUCGACUGCUACGACCCUGAGACCGACACAUGGACCUCCCAGGGCCAACUACCUCACAAACUCUUCGACCAUGCCUGCCUCAGCCUGCAGUGCCUGCCACACACAGGUUCUAGCAGCUUCCCAUCUUAGGCUAGACAUUUCCUGGUGCAAAAGACAGAAACAGCUCCUCAGAGCUCAGCCCUGCAGGGAUGUGUGGGAACCCCUCAGGAAGGGUGCUCUUGGGACUGAGGAUAUCCAGACCUGAAGGCCAGACACAAGGAUCCCAGACCCUCUGGAAUUCUCCUUUCUGGGAGAAUCUCUUUCCUGCUCAUCUGCUUUCCUACCUGUCUCUGUCUCUCUCCCCUCCACUACCCACUGUCUCUACCCUGUCUCCAUUAGACUUCAUUCUCCAGCAGGUGUCUUCAUCCACCCAGCACAGAGACAAUAACAACCCGGAAAUUCCAAUGCAUAGUCUCUGGCUUUACAUUUUCAGGAGAGAACUUGACCAUCACCCAAAAGUAAUAACACUUAUGGGUCCCUUCUGAACUCUAUUGCUACUUCUUGAGCCAUCACUGUGGCCAGGAUUUUCCCAUGGUUAAUAGGUUGGUCCCAGCCCCCAGAAAUGAGAGAUCUAUUGCGAUGACCCAGUUCAUCAGAAUGGCAGGAAAUGAGACAGAAGCAGUGCUCUCAAUGGAGACAUUCUGGGCUGAGAGACAUGUCUGCUCAGGACACCAUGGCUGUCUGGAAAAAAAGGCCCCAGGAGGAAAUGGCUGUGACCGCUGUCUGCGAUCUGUGCAUGCAGCACCUCAGAAUUCCAGAGAAAUGCAGGUCAAAUGGCCCUGCUCUGCCAGAGUAAAGAUUGUUUCCAGUGCCAAGCGAUGGUCUUCUCCAGCCUCUAGGAAGUUAUAAAAACCUAUGGAAUGGCAUAGUAAUCUAACCCUCCACCUUCGUGCU